UAUGAAAUACCUUAUUGUAAUUGCACUAUUAAUCAAUUUGAAUCAAUGUAUCAGCUUCUAUGCUAAAGAAGGAGUAGAAAAGUGUUUUUCAGAUGAAGUGCCUAGUCAGACUGUAAAUCCUAUUUUAUUAUUCUUUAGAUUGUUGUAAUUUAUCAUGAAUUGAUGUCUGAAGGAGUGGCCAAAAAUGAAAAAAGAGGUAUUCGUUUAUUGUAUACUAAGACAUUCCAAAAAUGAUCAAAGAUGGAAUCACUUUAAAUAUAUAUGGCCCUGAUGGUAAUAUAGUGAAAACUGCUAAAACUAUAGAAGGAAAGAACAAAAUGUCAUUCACUGCUAAAACAAGUAUUCUUAUAUCUAUUUGAUAUAGUGGGCAGAUACAAGUUCUGUGUCAUUAAGUCUAAGUAAUUUUGGAGUGUGAAUGAGUAUAAAUACUCUAUUAAAAUACAAUAAGGAGUUGAUCAUAAUCUACAAGAUGCUGCUAAUAAGACACAUGUUGAAUCAAUAAAAGGUAUAACAUAAUUAUUAUAUAUUAUAUAGAUAGAAUCUCAGCCUUAAAAAACAGAACUGAUGAUUUCAUUUCACUAUAAUAAUUGAAUAGAGAACAAGAAGAUAAAUUAACAACUCAAUCUAUUGAUAUCAGUAGAAGAGUUACUCAAACUACUAUUUUAUAAAUAGUUGUUCUUUUAGCAUCUGGAGUAUAUUAGAUUUGGAGUCUUAAGAAAUUCUUUAAAUAGAGAUUUUUAAUGUGA